CUUGCUGCUUUGUCGGCGCCACUCUUUUUUAAAAAAAAUAUUUUUCUGUUUAAACCGCUGCUUUUCCCUUCCCAGGUCCUUUGAAACAGCAGAUUAAGGGAAACGGAUGAAGGACGCCGCGAGCUCGGCGCGCUUUCUGAGGAGACGAUUUGGCUCCAAAAUAGAACGCUAAGCCGCCUUGCAGCCUGGCGCUUGAUUUUGUUAUUAUUACUUAAAGAAGCCGCGCGAGCGCGGCGGUCGCCCGGGGCCUGCAGCUGAGCGCUCCCUCCGGAAGGGAAGCAGUCGGGAAACCAAAAGAGACGCCGUCACCGCCAUCGCAGCAAACAUGGAAGAACCCGAGAAGCCGGGAAAGGAAGCGCUUCUUAACCAGGGCCCAGCUUUUCCGUCGUUUCCAUGACAGUUAUUAGGCAACGGAGAAAUUGAAUUGUCUCCCACAAUGCUCUGGAGAAAGGAAGGGGGUGGGAAGAAGAGGUUGUUCCAGUGGCGGAACGGCGGAGUUCUUCUGACUCGUCUCACUGAGAAUUUCAAACUCCCUGGAUUAUUAUGCCUCGUCUGGGCCGUUCUCCUUAUGUCCUACGUUUAGGUUAACCGAUGGUGGUGGUUUAUUUUUCUUUUUGAGGGAAGACCUUGAGGGCUUCCAUCUCCGCCCGCCCGGCACACACAAACACGCACGCACGCACACACGCUUAAAAAUAUAUGGUUGGUAACGCGAGGAUAUGAACAAUUAUUCAGGUGGGCUAUUCAGAGAGAGCGAAGCUCGACGGCGUCCAAUCAGGCUUUGGCAGCCUGCAGCCCUGUCAAAAUGCCUCUCCAACGGAUCUCGGUAGUCCCAGCGCGGGAGACGGCUAGCAAUGGGAGAAGUUCAAUGGGCAGAAACAAAGAGAAGAACAAGGAAGUCGAGAAUGAGAAGUCUCCAGGACGCUCAACAAGCCGAUCAAGUAACAUUUCAAAGGCAAGCAGUCCUACUACAGGGACAGCUCCCAGAAGCCAGUCACGGUUAUCUGUCUGCCCUUCUACUCAGGACAUCUGUAGGUAUGAUCUGUCACUGUGAGGCAGAUGACGAAAGCCCCCUCAUCACACCGUGUCGCUGCACAGGGACCUUACGUUUUGUUCAUCAGGCCUGUCUGCAUCAAUGGAUUAAGAGCUCAGACACACGCUGUUGUGAACUCUGCAAGUAUGACUUUAUAAUGGAGACCAAGCUCAAACCUCUUCGAAAGUGGGAAAAACUACAGAUGACAACAAGUGAGAGGAGAAAGAUAGUCUGCUCAGUCACAUUCCACAUUAUUGCUAUUACCUGUGUGGUUUGGUCACUGUAUGUACUAAUAGAUCGGACCGCUGAGGAAAUUAAGCAAGGCAAUGACAAUGGUGUGCUGGAGUGGCCAUUUUGGACAAAAUUGGUUGUGGUGGCCAUUGGGUUCACUGGAGGCCUUGUCUUCAUGUACGUUCAGUGUAAAGUCUACAUUCAGUUGUGGCGAAGGCUGAAGGCUUACAAUCGAGUGAUAUUUGUUCAAAAUUGUCCAGAUACUGCCAAAAAAGUAGAGGAAAAAAAUUAUUCCUCCAUUCAGAACAGUGAACUCAAAGACUCUGUAAUGGUGCCAGUAUCACAGCCAGGUACAAACUCUCAACAAUCAGGAGAAGAAACCGGUUCUGAUGUAAUGCAAGUUUGAUGGAAGAUGCAUUUCUCUUUCUUCAUUGAAGAACAAAGUAAUGUGCUACCAUUCAGCCACAGUUUAAUGGCAAACCACUAAGUAUUUUUGAAGAAGAGCAAACAGGAAAAUUGAUCAAGAGAAGUUAUACAUUACCUCUGGAACGUAAUUGUGAAGUGAUUUUUCACCUUUCCGGAUAAGCAUAGUGAAAAUGGAAAAGUAUAACAGAGAUGACUUAAACAAGCAAACACUUGUACCACUGUUGAUGGGUGAAAAGAACUGCAGAUGCAGACUAACUACUGCUGUUCUGUUUACAAGGAGAAAACCCUUAUGUCUCUUUGUUACUAUGGUCUUUUUGCUAAUUAUUGUAAACUUGAAAACACACUCUUCAAAGCAAUUUUUAAAAAGUUUAAUAUUAACAUGCAUAUGUGUCAUAGCACAAAUUACCUGACCUUCAUAAUGCGGUAAUGGAAUAAUAAGGUGGCUUCCUCACAGCAUCUCUGGAUUGAAAGCUAUAUAAAGAAAAACCUUUCCAAAAGCAAUCAUUUGAAAUACAAGUUUAAAAUGUUAAUAUUUGUAAACUAGGUAAGCUGAAAAUAUUCUUCUUGAAUCCUAGUAAGCACAAACUAUUAAUCGCCCUCAAGAUUUCCUUGCAACUUUUUGCAUUCAUUUGGUGCAGCAGUUUGGUAGCUGCUUAUUCAUAGGGGAAUAAAGAGCUAAAAUUGACAGGAUAUUCCUGCUGUCUCUAAAAUUCUGCUAAAGGGUAAUAUGUUCUAUAAUCACAGGUAUUACAGACCAGAGAAGUACUUUAGUUAGUGGCAGGAGAUCUUGAAACAUUUUUAGUACAUACUUACUAGUGUGCAAAAUAUGCAAAGGGUGGGAGAUUAAACUGUUCUUCUGUUUUAAGAGAUCAGAAUAGAAGAGACUCAGAAACUGUUAGGACAGUCUUGAAAGAGUCACGGUCAGCAGCAUUACCAUAUGCCAGUAUCUCUCUAAUGUCCACUUAAUUGAUAAGGAAUAUGCUGAGGUAAGGCUGAGACAUUAAGGGUUCAAUAGUUUGUUGUCACUAUUGAGGUUUUAGCAUAGUAAUGUAAAACUAAAGUGUGACUAAAUAGAAAAUGCAGAACAUACAUAUCAGUAUCGUGCUACAUACCCAGCAGAAACAACUUGUGUGGGAAAGAAAUCCAAUAAUGUUGGCAUCCCAUUUCAGAAUUAUGUACCCAAUUAUGUCUAAAUGAUUGGAUAUUCUAAAAAGAAAGGACAUUGCAUCUGCCCUUUACCACUGUUAUGCUUGUUGGAUGUAUUGUGAGUUGUGCCCAAGUAAUGUGAGUUAUACACAAACAGUGUUACUAGUAAUGAGAGGGAUUUAUAAUGGCAAAUGGCAAAAAACCCGACUACAUUUCAUGCUUCAUAUAUAAAGAAUACAGUAAGUGGUUGACUGAGACACUGCAAAAAGCAGGUAUCAUUAAAAUUAAUGGGCAUUUUCCUAUUAAAAUAUGUUGUCUUAUUGGAAACAUUAACCAUGCAAGAUGAUAGACAUAGCAGAAAAUGUUAAUGUUGGGGAUCCUUCUUGAGUAGAAGCUGCAUAAAUUAACCCUCAAAUGAGGUCUUUCAUAUUAAAACAAAGAAAUGCAUUUUAACAUUAAAAUGGUCAGUUGAAUUACCCUCCAACUGUUUGUGGGGUUUAGAACAUUGUGUAUUUUAAUAGAGGUCACAGGAGAGGCUGAACAAAAUAGGAUGACAAUCUGAAAUCAAUUCCAAACUGGGUGGUUCAUACUCAUCUCAGAGAGAGACACACACACAUUUGGAUAUAGUCUAAUUAUAAUUUGGAUUGAUAGCUAACCCAGUAGGUGGUUUUCUACCCAGCUAUAGCCAUUUGUAACAAUACCAUUGCAUAAACAGCUGACACUGUGAUAUAAAUAGUUUAAAAGUCAAGGAAGAUGCACCACAUUGCACAAUAUAGGACAAAAUGCAAUGUAAAUUGCCUAAUAUAUUCCACUAACUGCACUGAGUAAAUUUUCAAAAUGAUGAUUUUGCCAUCUCCAUUCAGUUGAAUCCAUAUAGAACAUCACUGUAUAGAGAGGCCCAGCAUGUUUCAUUUUUAGAUCCCCUUGCAUUUAUCAAGUUAAAAGAAGUCCAACUAAUAAUUUCUCCCAAAGGCAAUCAAGUAUUGGAUUCAUGGAGACUUUAGCAUGACCAUAAAUCUCCAUGCACUGGAAAAAAUAGUCUGGUAUCAUCCAAAGGAACAUGCAUUUUCAAAACAUACUAGUGAUUUGGUUCAUUGCUUAGAACUAAGUAUGUUCCUUUUUAAGAUGCCACUUGUGAAAUUCAGUGCAGGUAGCUGAAGCUACUUUUCACAAAAUUGAAACACCAUUGUCACACAGCAAUUGUAGUGCUAGCUGUCUUUUCUGAUGUGAAUUAAUAGAUGACCAUUAUAGAUAUCAGAAGUUAUAUCAAAGAAAAUGUUUACAUGGUGGAAUAAGGUUUCCCUCCACAAAGAUAAUGACAAUUUAACAUUAGGAUAGGGUUAAAAUAAUUGUCUGCAGCAAUUCUCUAUUGGGCUAUCAGGAGCAUCCCCCUCUGGAUUAUUCUGUUAGCUUUACAAGCAUAUUUUAGCAGCCUAUUGGUGCUAUUACUACAGUUGGAAAGUUCUAAAAUCAAUACAUGAAUCCAUCACCAAAAUUAGCAGUCAAAUCUUGAAACUUACACUGUAAUGCAAUCUACGAUGCAAAUAUUCUACUGUGUAUAAUUGCCGGACCCAAGGGUUUACUUGUUUUACCCAGUUCUCUUUUGCAAAAGAGCUUAGCUGCUUUUGUGGGUGAGUUGUGUACUAAAAAGAUAUUUGAGAUGGGAAAGAAACUUAAUAUAAACUACUAAUUGUUGUGGAACAGAUUUGUAUUUGUAUUAAAC